AAGGGGUCUGAAUACUUUCCGAAUGCACUGAACCUGGAUAUGAGCCAGGCAGUUUAAUGAUUAACAUGAGGAAAUUGGCGCACUGGAAUCCCAGACCAUAAUGAUUCCUUAUAAGGGAUGUACCCGACGAUGACAGAAUACAGCUCUGUAUAGUAGUGCAAAACUAAAAUAAAUCACUAAAUCAUGAACUUUUUCACAGUGUGGUCAACACAUGGUUUUACUACAAUUGUUUUUGCAUUUUAGUCCAUGUGAGUGUACUGUAAAUAUCAAUUAUUAACUUGUUAUAUUGAGUACACUAAUAAACUCCUAGGACUAGAGGGAGGAGUUAGAAGAUAUUCUCAAAGUACAUUUAGGUUUCUCCUCUGAGAGGAUCAAGACAAUUGCACAUGGAGAUGGCACUCAACUGGCCUGGCCUGCUGUCGAUUGGGGUGUUCUACCUCAUUGUCCUCGCGACAGGCGUCUGGGCGUCAAGGAAGUCCAAGCGUGAGGAGAGGAAGUGCACUGGAAACCUUAGUGAGGUUGCCAUGGUUGGAGGGCGGAACCUCAACAUCUGGGUCAGCAUCUUCACUACCACAGCUACAUGGGUGGGAGGAGGUUUCAUCUUAGGCAAUGCUGAGGUGAUCUAUGACCCUAAAAGGGGCCUGGCCUGGGCCAUCGGACCGAUAGGCUUCUCCCUCAGCCUCGUUGUAGGUGCAUUGUUCUUUGUGAAACCGGUCCGAGAGAAGAAUUACGUCACCAUAAUGGAUCCGUUCCAGGAGAAGUAUGGGAACACGUUAACUGCUAUUCUCUUUGUCCCAUCCCUCCUUGCUGACAUCUUCUGGAUAGCCUGUGUGCUCGCUGCAUUGGGGGGAACGGUGAGUGUAAUCAUGGAUAUCCCAUCACCCUUGGCUGUGGCCCUGUCUGCUGCCGUGGCAGUUCUCUACACACUGCUGGGAGGGCUGUAUUCGGUGGCCUACACUGAUGUCAUCCAGCUCAUCUUCAUGUUCCUCAGCCUGUGGUUUUGUGUGCCCUUCAUACUGAUGAGCCCUGCCUCAGCAGACAUUACAGUCACAGCUGUGACAAAACUGUAUCAGGAGCCAUGGACCGGCAGGCUGAAGUUGGCAGAUGCAGGGCGCUGGCUGGAUGACCUGCUGCUGGUGACUCUAGGUGGAAUCUGUUACCAGGCCUUCUACCAGAGGGUCCUGGCCACAGCCACUGUGGCUCAGGCUCAGUUCACCUGCUAUGCUGCCUCUGUCGUCUGCUUCAUCCUCUCCAUACCACCUCUUCUCAUUGGUGCUGUGGCAGCAUCCACAGAUUGGAACCAGACCAGUUUUGGUCUACCUACUCCCUUUGAGCAGGGCAAGGCGGGUAUGAUUCUGCCCAUCUCCCUGCACCACCUGUGCCCGCCUUUCGUCUCUCUUGCUGGAAUCGGCGCCAUUGCUGCUGCCGUGAUGUCAUCGAUUGACUCUGCCCUGCUGUCUUCUGCGUCCCUUUUUGCCCGAAACAUCUACAAAAACAUUAUCAGCAAAAGGGCCUCUGAGAAAGAGAUUCUACUGGUUGUGAAGGUGUCCAUCCUACUGUUCGGUCUGAUGGGGGCGGGCUUGGCAAUGACAACCUCCUCUGUGUAUGUAUUCUGGAUGCUCAGUGGAGAUGUGAUGUACUCUGUGGUCUGUGCCCAGUUGAUCUGCGUCCUCUUUCUGCCUGGGAAGGUCAAUGGGUAUGGUGCCUUGGCAGGCCUUGUGGUAGGGCUACUGCUGCGGCUCCUAGUGGGAGAGCCCCUGCUUGGUGUGCCCGGACUCAUGCCCCUUCCCUGGGACAGCCUACAUGAUGACGGGCGUCUGCUGCAUGUCUUCCCCUUCCGCACCAGCAUCAUGUUGGUCUCUCUGGCCACCAUUCUGGUUGUAUCACGUUUUGUAACCUGCCUUUUCCUUAAAGGGCUCCUGCCUGACAACUGGGAUGUAUAUGGACUUGGCCAAAAAAUGAUGGUUUUAAUGAAGGAUAUGGUAGAUAAGGAUCCGACUGAGAAGAUUGGACUGAACACAAGGCAGCUGUACCCUAUUCCUCAUGCGAACAAAGAAGAUAUGAGCUCUUUACAAUGGCCUGGGGUCCCAUCAUGUAAAUAGUUACAGACCACGGCCAAAGGCCAGGAACAGGCAGGGCUCAAACACCACAGCACAGUUAAGACUCUUAAUUCAAUAAAGAAUGUUACCUUUCCAAAGAAAUUUAGCUUGUAGAAGGUACUGUUUCCUUGUUCUUGUUACUGGUAUGUCAUCUUCAUGUUUAUGGUAUCUUUGUAUGAAUAUUCUUCAAAGGCUGUUUGUUUAGAAAGCAAUACAAAUAUAAGCUAAAUAACGAGGGAUCAAGCAUGAAUCGACACCACCCUAGUUAAGUGGAAAAAUAAGGUAAAACGGUGAACUGUCACUUUAAGAGUUAGUCUCCCAAACACAUAUUAACCCUAGUCCUGGACUAAGUAGCACUUUUUCAAUGGAGAUUCUCUGUAUGCACUUUCUGGAUCCUGAGUGUCUAUAUCAUAUACAAACUGGUGUUAGCCCAGUUAGCUAUCCUAUUUCUGUCUAGACAGGUCAAUGAAUAUGGAGUAUGUUUGGGCUUUGGGAUAGGGCUUUUCCUUUGUGGCCUGUUUGAUGUGCCCACACAUAGUCAUACCUCUUCUUUGCUCUUAAAGUGGCGGGGCACAUAGUACAAGCCUUUCCCUUACUUCUCACCUUGGCCACAAUCCUUCUUGUGUCACGCUUGGCAGGCCACCUUUUCCUUACUGGCUACUGCCCCAUAGAUGGGAUUAUUAAUUAGGUCUGCC